AUGUCUCGUAUAAUUCGAAGUAUGAGUCUUCUCCUAUUCAUCCUUCUUCUCAAUGGUGUUAUACAAAUCGAAGCAGCACCAACGUCUGACUUAGGACAGUUUUUGAAUAAAGUAGGUGAUAAAAUCUCUCAAACGGCAGCAACGAUCAAGGACUAUCUUUUGGAACUUUUCUACCGUUUUCGAGCAUUCUUCAUGGGACAUUCAGAGGCGACUCAUCAUGAAACGACUUCACGCGGAUGUGGCUAUGCUACAGAUAACGAACCGGCUAUUUAUCACAAACAAGCAGCUGUUGUUUCAAAAAUCAGAGGUGGCGAUAGUGCUAUUUGGCAUACAUGGCCAUGGAUGGUAUCAUUGUUUACCAGUCCUCGUCAAGGUUGGAGUUGUGCAGGUGUACUUAUCAAUGAAAAUACUGUCCUAACUGCUGCACAUUGUCUGACACAAACAACAGCAAGCGAAAUGAAAGCAAUCAUCGGUGUGCAUUCAAUACUUGGUAAACUAAAUCCAAUGAAUUACUAUUCGAUAAGUGCCAUACAUCGUCAUCCGAAAUUCGAAAAUUGCUGUAAAAACGAUCUAGCGAUACUUAAAUUAACAAAGUCCGUUCUUUACGGACCGAGAAUCAAUUCGGUUUGUUUACCUUAUCAACCCUAUGCAACUAUUGGUCAAGGAAAAGAUCUCGUUAAUCGCACUGGUACUAUCAUCGGAUGGGGUGAUAGUUCGCAAAAUAGCAUAACCAAUACGUUUAAAAGUUUCACUUUACAACAAGCUGAAGUCCGUGUAUUCGAUGACUAUCAUUGUCGUCGUGCUUAUGGCAGUGUUUUCGAUCCCAAUACAGAAAUCUGUGCCGGUGAUUACAAUCAAUUAGCUGAUACGAUGAGUGGUGAUUCCGGUGGUCCCUUACUUGUUCGUCAAUCUGAUGGUCGAUGGAUUGUUCUUGGUAUCACAUCGUAUGGUGCAGCAACCACUCCAAGCACGGCACCAGGUGUUUACGUUAAAAUUUCAGCGUAUGAGAAAUGGCUUGAACCGUUCAUAAAGUCAAAUUGA